AUGGGGGACGCUCCUCCGUCCAAUACAUCAUUGUCUAGCAAACCCAGCCAGUUCUUCGCUUCAAAUGCUAUCAUCUCUAUUUGGGUGUGGCCAGAACGCUUGCAAACUAUGCAUCUUCUUGGGUUCCAUGACAUAUUCACAACCAAGACUUCUCUUACAAGAGUGCGAGCUGUUCCUCGUUACAGUUUUAGCGUUGAAACUUUAGAGGGACUAAACACAAUGCACCCAACUAUAGGUAUCAUGCCAUCUGGUCUUCCAUGGGUGGUGAGACCUCUUGAAAAUGGUGACAAACUUUUCGGUUCCCUUUUAACUUCUCGUUACAACAGAAGCAAAUGGAGUGGAAAUGGUGGGAACCAUACUGAAAAGCCAAAUGGAAAUUUAGGUUCUGUGGAAAAGUUUCAUAAGUACAUAUAUUCUGUUCCAUACUCAGAUCACUCAUGCUUUGCAGAGAUAGAGGAUUUUGUAAAACUUGUCCAGCCAACCAACAUGAAAGGCAUCGUCUCUUCAUCAUCGUGCUAUGUUGAUCCUCUGUACUAUUUUGGCCGCCUUUGUGGAGCCUACCAAUCAGCUCAAAGUUUACCUCACAAUAAGAGAAAAGAGAGAGUUGAAAGAGUUCUAGCUGUCAAUAACAAAACUACCUUUAGAUGUGGUGCUUCUGCUGGGUUGGAGAGGAAAAGAGCAAUGACUAUAAAGGUCAAAAGUUCAGGUAUUCAUGUGAGCAGCAUGAGUGCAUUGAGACGAAAAAAGCGUGGUGCUAAGAUUGAGGAAAAUGACCGUCCCAAUUGAUUUGUUUUCUUAUUCAUUAUUGUCAGUACAAAGGUAUGAUCAAUGUUGCAUGUAUAGUUGGAUGAAAGUAUUCCAUUGUAAAGUUCGAAAUACCAAUGACAUUUAAGGUGCAAGGAGUGUUCUUUUUAUGCUUUUUCUCUCUCAUAUCUCAAGAGUAUUAUAAUUUGCAUUGCAGAAAAAAAAUUCAGGAUGCAUUGGGACACAUAGGAAAGUGGUAGAUUUUUGGUUGUCUCUACGUUGUGAGCAGAUGUUCAUUAA